CGCGCACCAUAGCAUCUGACGGCCACCGCGGCACCGCCGUUGAUGACGACGCGACGUAACCAGUACCCAGUACCAGCAGAGGCUGAACGAUCGGGUACCUGUUUCGUUAUUCCCUCGUCAGUUUCCAUCCUAACGACUAAAUAGUAAAUAACGAGUCGUCGCGCCGUGUACGCGCCCUGCGUGAGUGCGUCGUUAUACAGUGCGUCCGUGUCCGUCCGUUCGUUCGUUCGUCGCAUUCUUUCGGCGCGGAUCGAUGAUUUUUUUCCAUUCGACAACACGAGUUCGGGUUUUAUUAUUAUUAAUUAAUCGUUUCACCCGAUCCGGACGGUAGUCGUCGUUACAACUUGACGUAUGCGUGCGCCAGUAGUGUUCCGUUUUCGUUUCCCCGAUAAAAGCGGCUCUGCCGCCGCGUGCGGACCCAUCGGUUUUUCCGACGUCCGUCCUAUCACAGAACAAUGCGACUUACGUGCGGCGUGUGUUUCAGGCGAUUAGCAUAAUGUCGAGCGGAAGCAGUGGCGGCGGAAAGCCGGCUUCUGUCGGCGGCGAGGGCGUAAAGCCGGGCGUGGGAUCGGCGUUCGUGCCGGUCAUGCCGUCCAGCGGAUCGUUCUACGGGCAUCCGUCGAUAGCGUCGCUGCAACAGCCGUCGCCGUCGUCGGCUGACUUUUACGCCGCGUCCAUGAUGGCUGACAAGCACAAAGCCCUCCACCAGCACCACCACCUGUCGUCGCUCCAGCAGCAGCAACAGCAACAGCCGUCGCCGGGCAUGUACGUGCCCAAACACAAAUCACAGCAACAGCAGCAGCAACAGUUGUCGUCGGCUAACGCCGCUGCGGCAGCGGCUGCCGUUUCGUUGAUCCACCAGCAACAGCAGAUGGCUAUGGCACUGGACAAGAACAAGGUGUUACAGGCGGCCAUGCAUCAGCGAGGCUAUGCUCACCCGUUCCUGCUAAACCCCGGUAGCCAGUACGGCAGUCAGCCUCUGUUCGGUGGCCCAGCUGCAGGUACCGGCCCUGGCGCGUUUGGCUCAGUGGCCGCCCGACCACGUGCCUCGGCCGUGGGUGCUAGCGGGGUUGGCAUGGCCCGGGCGUCUCGACCAAAAAAACAGUUCAUAUGCCGGUUCUGCAACCGACAGUUCACCAAGAGCUACAACCUGUUGAUACACGAACGGACGCACACGGACGAGAGGCCGUACUCGUGUGACAUUUGCAAAAAAGCGUUCCGGAGACAAGACCAUUUGCGCGAUCACAAGUACAUCCAUUCCAAGGAGAAACCGUUCAAAUGCACGGAAUGUGGCAAGGGGUUCUGUCAGUCACGCACGCUGGCCGUGCACAAGAUACUGCACCUGGAAGAGUCACCGCACAAGUGUCCAGUGUGCAAGCGCAGCUUCAACCAGCGCAGCAAUCUCAAGACACAUCUACUCACGCACACCGACCACAAGCCGUACGAGUGCUACUCGUGCAACAAGGUGUUUCGACGGAAUUGCGACCUCCGCCGCCAUACGCUCACGCACGCGGUCGGCGACGCGCCCGCCGCCAGUGCGUUGGGCGCUGGAGGGGCGGCGUCCUCGUCGUCCGCGUCACCCGCGGGUGCGGGCGCGGUUGCAUCCCGAUCGGCUGCAGAUGAUGAAGACUAUUGCGACGAUGAUGACGACGAGGAUGAGGACGAACUGUGCUCGAUGCUGCAAACUCCGUCCGGUCGGAGCCGCCGCCGUGGUCACGGCGGUGAAGACGAUGAAGACUGUGGCGAUGAUGUGGACGAUGACGAAGACGUGGACGUGGACGAAGAGGACACGGUUGCAGCCGCAUCCGGAACCGCGUCAGAACCGUCGGCGCCAGUCACUACCGUCGCCGCUUCUACCUCCGCCUGUUCGUCAAGUGUCGCCGAAGCGGCCACCGUCGCAAAACAGGAACCGGCGUCGUCUUCGUCGUCCGUGGACACGGGUUCUGCGACCGCGGCCGUGGCCGCCGCUGAAGAGGAGGAAGAAGAGGAGGAAGACGUCGGUAAGAUUUCGUUGUUCCGGCGGGUGGCCGUACCCAGAGCCGGUGUGCACGAAACAAAGUGUCACGACGAGUCGUCUGCGUACACUAUGCGUCCGUCGUCCAGCUAUCAUCAUCACCACAAUCGUUACCAACAACAACAUCAACCGCACAAUCACCACCAACCGCAACCACUGCAUCUAUUCCUACAGUCGCCGCUCCUCCACCAUCAGCAAGUCCAGCAGCAGCAACAGCAGCACCACCACCACCACCAAGCUAUGUUGAACGUCAGAAGAGACUUGCACGACCGGUCGACGGGAAUGGUGAUGCCGGUACCGUCACCUCAAGCACUGCCUUCGCCGCAGCCUCCCGCGUACCAGUCGCUUCAAUUUCAACCGGCGACUGCCGCGCCUGCCGUCACCGUGCCGCCCCCAACGCCGCAGCAACCGCCGCCUAAUCAGAGCAACGGACAGCCUGCCGCGCCCAAGCGCAAAGGGUUCAGCAUCGACGAACUAAUGAGUUAACGCGUUGCACUUGGACCGGAGGUCGCGGUCGUCGGCCCAAUUCGCCAGUCGUGCUCGGUCGAGAAUCCAACGAAAUUCAAUGUACAUAAUAUAGAUUACCUUAUUAUAUUUUAUAGCUGAUGUCGAGUGUUCGCAUUGUUUACGUCACGUGAAUCAUUCGCAGUACCAGUGAAAGCAUUUAAAACAAACGUCCGACGCUCGGGACCGAAUGUCGAAGGCUCGUGACAGUUUUAUACAUGAUUUAAUAUUUAAAUCUUAAAACGAUAUCGCCGUCCAGGUUUUAUUUAUUAUUAUAUUAUAUUAGUUAUUCAAAUAUAAAUUAUGAGUACAUAUAGAGUGUAUAAUAUGUAUUCUUUUACCAUAUAGUAUAAUACUAUGUUAUGAGCAAAAUAAGUUUUAUUUUAGUUAAGUACGUGAAAAACAAAAGUAUUUUAAAUAAAAUUGUUAACAAAUUGUAGAUAGCAUAUAUAUUAUUAUUUUGUUUUAGUGAUCUCAAUACACUUAUUUUGACAAACAACUCUCUCCCUUUCUAUACAUUAGUUUUAGGUUCAAACGGGCAAAUAUUCUAUUGUUUUAGUAUUUUAAUCAAAUAGUGUGUAUACCUAUAUAAUAAUCAUAUUAUAUUAUAUUUUACGCGUUUGUAUAUUUUAUUAUUUGUAUAUGUAUAUUACUAUUAUUACCUUUAGACAUAAGUACCUACUUUUGUAAACAACUUUCAUUAUAUAGACUGUUAAAGUUUAAGAUUAUUUUUGCAUAUUAUUAUGGUUAAAAUAUUUAAUAUAUUAUUAUGUUUUUUAUUGAUAGAAAGAAUGUAACGUUUUUAUUAUUUAUAUUAUAAAGAGUUCCAAAUGGUUCUGCGUUCAAAUUUAACGGAAUUUGUUUUGAUUGUUUUGCAAUAAAUAGAUUUUAAAACAUUAUUUAAUUAUUUUUAUUAUUAUAUUAGACGAUUUAGAUUAAUAUGAAAUUAUUGUUUAUGCUUAAUUUGACGUUUAUAAGAAAUAUAUAUAUAAUAAACUAUAUAUUCCAAGACAAAAA